UGCAGCAGGGAGGCUGCCCAUCCCCUCCCCCCCGCCGGCCUCCGGAGCGCCCCUGCUCGACCCUGCGACCCUACUUCUGCACUGCCUAAAAGAAUUUGGCCUUUCCCGCUGGGGCCGAAGCCGCCUUUCUAGCGGCGACCAGUCAGCGGGGUAGCGUCCGGCAGGCACGAGGCGGCCGCAGCCGCGCCACCCAGAGACCUGGCGGUGCGUGGUUGGGCGGCGGGGCAGCCUGCCUCCCUCUCCUGCUUAGCUCGGGGCUUGUGAGGUGACUCUACUUGAAUUUCCCAGCUGCAGAAUAUGUAGUACCUUUAAAGGUUGGCAAUGAUGAGCAAGCUGGAAUCAGAGGAAGACAAGAUGCUGGAGGUUCGGUUUGUGGGAGAUGAUGAUGUUCUUAAUCACAUUCUUGAUAGAGAAGGAGGAGCUAAAAUAAAAAAGGAGAGAGCCCAGCUUUUGGUCAACACAAAAAAAAUAAUAAAGAAGCCAGAAUAUGAUUUGGAGGAAGAUGACCAGGAAGUUUUAAAAGAUCAGAACUAUGUGGAAGUUUUAGGACACCAUGUUCAAGAAUCCUUGAAAAAUGGCUCUGCUACAGAUGGUGGGAAUAAAGUUUAUUCUUUUCAGACUAGAAAACACCCUGAAAAGAUGGCUAAAUUAGCUUCAGAACUAGCAAAAACACCAAGAAAAAGUGUUUCAUCCAAUUUGAAGAGUGAUCCUGAAAUUACCAUAGACAUUCCUCAAUGUAGCAAGGGGCAUUCUGCUUCAGACAAAGUUCAGUUGAAGAACAAUGAUAAAAGUGAAUUUCUGUCAACAGCACGUCGUGGGCUAAGGAAGAGACUAAUAGUUCCAAGGUUUCAUUCUGACAGUGAAAGUGAAUAUUCUGCUUCCAACUCGGAGGACGAUGAAGGGGUUGCACAGGAAUAUGAAGAGGACACUAAUGAAGUCAUAUUGAGCGAACAGAUUCAAGCUCAGAAUAGAGUAGUUUCGGCUCCUGUUUGCAAAGAAACACCUUCUAAGAAAAUGAAAAGAGAUAAAACAAGUGACUUAGUAGAAGAAUAUUUUGAAGCCCAUAGCAGUUCAAAAGUUUUAACCUCUGAUAGAACACUGCAGAAACUGAAGAGGGCUAAACUGGAUCAGCUAGCAGAGACAUGUUCUUCUCAUAACAAUGUCAGAGACAGAAGAAGUAGAAAAACAAAAGACCUCUUAAAGCCUGGGCUCAAACUGUCUCAGUGUCACUUCUGCCUCAUUCUAGUGGCCACACAAACUUUGCAUAACUUAUUGAGCAAGGUUUCUCCUUCCUUUUCUGCUGAACUUAAACAACUAAAUCAACAAUAUGAGCAGUUAUUUCAUAAAUGGAUGUUGCAGUUACACCUGGGGUUCAACAUUGUGCUUUAUGGUUUGGGGUCUAAGAGAGAUUUACUGGAAAGAUUUCGAACCACCAUGCUGCAAGAUUGCAUUCAUGUUGUCAUCAAUGGCUUCUUUCCUGGAAUUAGUGUGAAAUCAAUCCUGAAUUCUAUAACAGAAGAAGUCCUUAAUCAUAUUGGUACUUUCCGCAGUGUGCUGGAUCAGCUAGACUGGAUAGUAAACAAAUUUAAAGAAGAGUCUUCUUUAGAACUCUUUCUUCUUAUCCACAAUUUGGAUAGCCAAAUGUUGAGAGGAGACAAAAGCCAGCAGAUUAUUGGACAGUUGUCAUCUUUACGUAAUAUAUACCUUAUAGGAUCUAUUGAUCACCUCAAUGCUCCUCUCAUGUGGGAUCAUGCAAAGCAGAGUCUUUAUAACUGGCUCUGGUAUGAAACUACCACAUAUAGUCAUUAUACUGAAGAAACCUCCUAUGAGAAUUCUCUUCUGGUUAAACAAUCUGGAUCACUACCACUUAGUUCCCUAACUCAUGUCUUACGAAGCCUUACCCCUAACGCAAGGGGGAUUUUCAGGCUACUAAUAAAGUAUCAGCUGGAUAACCAGGAUAACCCUUCUUACAUUGGACUUUCUUUUCAAGACUUUUACCAGCAGUGUCGGGAGGCUUUCCUCGUCAAUAGUGAUCUGACACUUCGGGCCCAAUUAACUGAAUUUAGGGACCACAAGCUUAUAAGAACAAAGAAGGGAACUGAUGGAGUGGAAUAUUUAUUAAUUCCUGUUGACAAUGGAACAUUGACUGAUUUCUUGGAGAAGGAAGAAGAGGAAUUUUGAAGCUCCCCUGUACUCUUGAGUCUUCUGUGGAAGAGUUGUACCCCAGCUGCCACUCCUCUAGUGUAAAAUGUUGUGUUUACAUCCAAUAUUAGACUCUUUUUCCAAUGUACAAGAUUUAAAAUUGGGAGGGGGAAUGCCAUCAAUUAGAACCUUGAUUAUUAGCCUGGCUGGUAUACCAUCCUAGUACUAUGCAGUGGUCCUCAACUUGGAGAAAAUGUGCCUUUCAUUCAUUACCUCUCUGGAGACUUCUUGCUGGAAGGAACAGUGUGCUCAGGGACUAUUUGGAACUGGAUGUUUUGAAUUCCUUUAUACCAGAGAUGAGAUUCCUGAUUUUUCGAGGGCCUUUUAACACUCCUGGAGCUAUUUGCAAAUGUGCUUGUUCCAGAGUGUGGAAGUACAAAGACACUGCAGCAUCACGUAAAUCGACUUUAUUUGCCAUUCCACGUGUCAGAAUUGAAGAGUAUAAUAGAGAAGGCAGGUCAUCUCUCACUGUUUCUGAAAUGGCUUAACAAAAGGUGUAAGAUUGGGGGAAAGUAGGUAAUUCAGCUUUCUCCUUUGGUAUUUAGGCUACAUGCUGAUGGAGGAAGAAGGAGCAUGAUGCUGUUCAGUUGGGAGAGUAGGAAAAACAUAAAGAGUACAUAGGGUGUAUGCCCAUCCCCGAAAGCACAUGAACAAUAACAGAUCGUGCUGCUCAGGACAGUUAAUGUCUAUGCCGUCACCUUCAUGAUACAAGUGAGAAGCCAGGCUAGAGAAACACAAACCUGAAUUUCAUUUUAGUUAUUUUUUUCAAGGCAACAGGAAAUAAAAAUUUAACUAUUCUUGUAUAUCAACAUGUUUUUCUUUUCUUGAAUAACAUGCAGAUGAGCAGCAUAUUAAUGGCUGGCUUUAAACGAAUUUGAUUUCUCUAUCAAGUAGGCCUAAAACUCACUGUAAGACAUUUCAUUUCUUCUUAAAAUGACAAUUUCAAACCUCCUAAAUACUCAAGCCUUUUUUUCUCUUAGGAAAGAAAAGGCGGCUAAUCUUGGCCACUGUAGUCAGCUGAUAGUCUUCACAUACUCCCUGAACUAUUUCAUACUUGGAAAUGAAAUUCUUCAUUAAAAUAUCACUGUAAUAUAUACUGCAUCAGCAUUUCUCACUCAUUUCUCAUCUUGUAGACCCUUUUUAUGAAAAUAUUUCCCAAAAUGAUCAGAAUUUUUAAAAUCAUUUGUGUCAUAUAAUGAAAUUUUAUUUUAAAUUCAUGUAUUAAGGGGUUUAGUCUUAAGCAUAAUUACUAAUCAAAAUAUUUAAAUUUAUACAUGAAUAGGAUUCUAAAAUUUUUUAAUUGUACCAAAGGAUAUUCAAUGAAGUGAUUUUCCUUACCAUCCCCUGAUCCAGUCCCUUAGGCAGCCAUUGAUAGCAGUUUAAGCAUUCUUCCCGAGGUAUUCUAUGCACAUCUAAGGGUUAUUUGUCUGUAUUUCUCAUUUUAAAAACACAAAUGGUGGCAUAUGAUACUUGCUGGUUUGCACCUUGUUUUUGUUUUUUGCUUAAUAUAUUUAGUUUAUAAUAACUUACAGUAUAAAAAAGUAUAUGAAAUCUUUAAUGACCUAAUGUGCAAACUUUGCAUUUGCCCUUAAAUAUCUACUGGUUUAUUUUUAUAAUUUUUGUGUCUAUACUGUUUGCAAGCAGUAUGUGUGAAUAGUCUUUACUAUUAAUAAAGAAACCAAUUUGGAUA